GAGGCUAGCGCGAAGGGAGCGGUUAUUUUGCCAUCGCGUGCAAGACAACUCUCCCAAACCUUACGUAACAACAAUAGACAUAUUAAAUGUAUAGACGCGUCUUCUGUUCACCGGGUUUUGCAGCUUAAUCAUGGUUUGGUUUGGGAAGAUAGCUCGACUGCACUUGGCUGCUCUCCGCUGCUUUCCGCCGCUCUACAGAACCGUGUCUCCGCUCGGCUCUACGGCCAGACUUUGGUGUUUGCAGGCGUCUCCCGUUCUGUACUACAGCACUCUACCUUCCUCUGCUGACCUGAGCGUGCACUACAAACAUGGCCGCCCCACCCUGUCCCUCCCCCUCCCCUCCCGCCAGGAGCGAUGUCACUUCCUGCUCCGCCCGUUGCUAAUGAGUGUUGAUGACUUCCUGUCUGACAUCCAGAAGGAGGAUCCUGGAGUGACGACUGCUGCUGUCCUCACCUCUGAAGGAGGAAAGGUUUCCUCUAGCACCUCCAUGGACACGGUGCUGAAACAGAACUUCCUGCUGCAGCUCAACAGCACUGUGUACACCGUCCACUCUGCUGGGGGAGACUGCCAUGAGCAUGUGACCAUGCCAGAAGACCUGAAGGAGCUGGUGUUGAUGCUGCACUGUGCUCUCCAGCUGCCUGGUCACCAGCUCCACACACACUCUCAGCUGCAGCAGCGCAGACACACACUCACACAGGAGCUGGCCCCUCUGGAGCAGGUGCGGGCCCAGUUGGCGAGGGAGGCGGAGUCUCAUGCAUCGUGUGUUACGUGGGCGGGGCUUGCGUUCCUCUCUCUGCAGGGAGGAUUCCUGGCCUACCUCACCUGGUUUGUGUUUGCGUGGGACGUGAUGGAGCCAGUCACCUACUUCCUCACCUACGCCACCAGCAUGGGCUUCCUGGGGUACUACGUACUCACCAAGCAGGACCUGGUUUAUCCUGACGCUAAAGAUCGUCAGUUUCUACACUUUUUCUACAAGAGGGCAGCAAAGAAGCACUUCAAUGUUCACCAGUACAACCUGCUGAGGAAGGAGCUGGCUAUGGUUGAGAGCGAUCUGAAGCGUUUAAGAAAUCCUCUUGAGCUGAAGAUACCAGUGGACCAGAUCCAGGCCCACAACUGAAGACACGCACACACACACAUUUAUUCAUUUAGCAGACGCUUUUAUCCAAUGCGACUUCCAAGAGAGAGCUUUACAAAAAAGCACACACACACACGCGCGCAUGCAUUAUCUGGUCUGUUCUGUGUCUGUUUAGAUAAACUAAACUACUUCCUGGA